AUGGCCAAUGUCUUUAUUGUUGCUCCUGAAAGUCUUUCCACUUUGUUUGAGGGAACCCCCAGUAUACGCAAAGAUGCACAAAGGUUUAUUCAGCUUAGAGAGGACUACAAGAGUGCUAAACUUGCUUCAAGACUUAGUUCCUUUUGGACAAGCUCUAUCACCUCAAAUUGGAUUUGCUUGGGUGGCUCUGAGACCAAGUUGUUGAGCUGGUGGGAAAUUAACUUUAAUCCUAUCUUUUCAGCUCGGCUUGGUCAGGAAUCCGGGGAUGGAAGAUACGAUUCUGUUACGGGUUUUGCGUUCACUGCAAUAACAAUUGAUGAGGAGUAG